CUCUGACGUCACCUCUCAGUCUCUUCCGGGUGUUUUCAGCUGGACGGUGACAGCAGAGCUAACGCAGCUUUCUUCUCCUCUUAAAAGCCUUAAAUCUUCAUCUUUUAGACAAAAUGAACCGAAUAUUUGGCAGCGGGAAACCCAAAGCUCCUCCACCGAACCUCACGGACUGCAUAGGAACCGUUGAUUCGCGUACGGAGUCCACUGAAAAGAAGAUUGGCAAACUAGAUGUUGAACUUGCGAAAUACAAGGAUCAGAUGAAAAAGAUGAGAGAUGGGCCCUCAAAGAACAUGGUCAAGCAAAAGGCUAUGAGAGUUCUCAAGCAGAAGCGAAUGUAUGAGGGCCAGAAAGAUAACCUCAUGCAGCAGUCGUUCAACAUGGAACAAGCAAACUACACAAUCUCGACCCUUAAAGACACUAAAACCACAGUUGAUGCCAUGAAAACCGGCCUCAAAGAAAUGAAGAAAGCAUACAAGCAUGUGGACAUUAAUAAGAUUGAGAAUCUUCAAGAUGACCUCGAGGACAUGAUGGAGGACGCCAAUGAAAUCCAGGAGACGCUGGGCAGAAGCUAUGGCACGCCUGACAUCGAUGAAGCCGACUUGGAAGCGGAGCUGGAUGCUCUGGGAGACGAGUUCCUGAUGGAUGACGACAGCUCCUACCUGGAUGAGGCUUCAACAGCUCCAAACAUCCCAGAGGGCGUCCCCGGCGACAAGUCCACCAACAGGGAUGGUGUCCUGGUUGACGAGUUUGGCCUUCCUCAGAUUCCUGCUACAUAAAAGGAGCACUUCUGAACACUCGUGCUAGUUUUACAUGUAUCAUAGCCUUUUUUGUAUUUAUCCAACUGACACUCCCAGCCGUGAUGCAUUGAGUGCAGCAUUGAUAACCAAAGCUGGCAAACGAAUGAUGAACUACAACUUAAAAUCAGGAAUCUUUAAUUAAAAGCUGAUUAUUAUUAUUCUAUGCGUGAGCUUCUAUCAUAUGUAUCUGAGGUGAUUGUUUGAAUUGGGAUUCUCUUAACUUUGUACAGUUUCUGCAGCGUUUGUUGCCAAGAACAAAAUAAAUUAUAUUUUUCAAACAAUA